AUGACAAAGGACAACUGUUGGAAACACACAUUGCUUUUUGCAAGGGCAGCCACUAUUCACGUGAAUAGUAGCUGCCCUGGCAAAGGGCAAACUGCUGGAAGUGCUCUUAUAACCUACUUGAUUGGGGUUAUAUUAGAUGUUGCCUUACUCAUUAUGGAUGAUUGUCUUCUGUUUGUGAGAGCUACUUCGAAGGCUGCUAAUAACAUUAGCAAUCUUCUUGAAAAUUUCUCUACAGCCUCUGGGCAAAAAAUUAAUUUACACAAAUCCACGGUGUUUUUCUCUGCUAAUGUUCACAAUAGAGCCAUAAUUACUCUCUCUAACCUCCUACAAAUUCAACAUAAAACUACAUUAGGCCGGUAUCUAGGCAUUCAUAACAUUGUUUCUUGGAAAGACCCAGAUAACACUAAACUCAUGAUUAAAAGAAUCCGCAACAAGUUUGCUGGUUGGAAGGCUCAGACCUUGUCUAGAGCUGUUUCAAAUUUCAUACCAAAUCAGACUUGGAACAAAGAUAAACUACUGGAAGUUGUUGAUGAAGAUAUUUGUGAGAGAAUUCUUACUAAAGCAGAUCUCCUGAAGAAAAUGUGGAGGAUCACUAUGCCUCCUAAGUGCCAUUUUGUUAUAAGCAUCUGGAGAUGUACCUCGCUCCUCCCGUUAUCUAUCCUACAGGAUUUUGAUUGUGUUUCUUGGUUAUCUACCCUCUCUAGUACAUCCAGUAGUGAUGGCCUGUACACUCUUACUAAAGCCUUACUGAUUUGCUGGCAAAUUUGGGAUACUCGCAACAAAUUUGUUUUCCAAGACAUUUCCCCACAUCUUGCGAGAGUCCUACAUGUUGCUGGUCAAAUUGGUAUGGACUAUUGGAAACUUAAUUUUAUAUAUUCCUCUAGUAUGCAGCAGGUGAAGAACAUUAAAUGGGAGCCGCCUCCAAUGGAUUGGAUCAAAAUUAACUUUGAUGGUUCUGUUCGCAAUAAUAAGGCUGCUACUGGUUUUAUUAUUUGGGAUUGGAAUGGACAUGUGUUACUUGCUGGCGCCAAAAAUGCCGGUCAAGCUUCUAUAACAAUUGCAACGUCUCUUGCUUUGCGUGAUAGUCUUGCCCAUGCAAUUCAUAAUGGGUUGCGCAAGAUUUGUGUGGAUGGGGACUCUAAACUAGUUAUUGAUUGCAUCAACAAGAAGGUCUCUAUUCCUUGGAGUAUUUUAUUAUUAGUUCAAGAUAUUUGCCUGCUGGCUUCAUCUUGUGAAGAAGUUUUGUUUAUUUAUGUCUUUCGAGAAGCCAAUUUUAUAGUAGAUGUUGUCGCUGAUUUAGGCCAUGGCCUCUCCACUUCCCGUGUUUAG